GUGGGUGUGCGUGCGUGUGAUUGUGCUGAUGUGUGUGUCUGCUGUUGGUGGACGUUGACUCUCAGCAGUGUAGCAGUGUGUUUCUUCAGCUCGUUCAGACGGACGCCAUUCUUUCACCUCAGGAAACAGGAUAGCAUGAUGAUGGAGUUCAGGCUGUGCGUCCUGCUCCUGGCGCUGGCCGCAGUGGCCGUCACUGCCCAGAGGAGGCGCCCUAACACGGACGAGUGGAACUACCGUGACGGCUCUGAAAAAGUGAACAUGCGAGGGGUGGCCAACCUCACCCAAAUCCUGGACAACUGGAGGUUCGACAUCCUGGCCCAGAUGCAGAGCAUGAUGCAGAACGACAUGCAGGGGCUGCUUCCGGAUUAUACCAGGAUCCAGCCUUUGUCGGAAGCCUUAGAUGACCUCUUCAAAGAGUUCAACGCCCUGAAGACGCAUUUGGGUGAUCUCAGCGAGAAGGUGGUGUCCAUCGAGGCCUUCAUUGAUGAUGUGAAGGCCGGAAAGUUACCAAACACUGCGCCUGCCGGCCCUGCCGGUCCUGCCGGUCCCGCCAAGAAGAAAAUCAUCAGGAAGAAGGUCCCGGCUCCUGCCCCUGCUCCCUGAAUCCCACACCUCUGUUCACCCAUCCCCUAGACCCUCCCUUUUCAGUGCUGGCACACCUUCUAUACCUCCCCACAGCUGAUAUGAUUGGUUCAUAUGGCUGCUCAUUAGCAUAUUUGAUACACCUGUCUCCCUAAUGUGCGUUCCUGCCACACCAUGAACGAAUCCUUCGAGUGAACAGCUGACAAAAGCUUAGCCAUGUAAAGCAGGUGUCAGUGUCACUUGAGGAAUCAGACAGAGUAGGGUUAGGAACUAGUGUAUGGGCUUCAAACGCUUACGCAGACAGAGGACCGCAGUGGGCUGGAUCCAAGGAGGAGUUCUGACAAGUCGAGACACGUAUCUGCAGGCUUUUAUAACCAUCUUUUUUCCCUCAUGCCUCGCACUAAGAGAAACGUCCUCAAGCUGUCUUUCUCUAUGAACUCACUGAUGCUGUGGAUAUAAUAUAUAAAUACACUCUUUGAGCCACGCAAUGGCAUUCCUAUCUAUGCAGUGAAUAAAUGUCAUUAUUUUGCA